GAGUCAAUGAAUAUGAGUAUUUUUCAUUUUCAUCAUCGUGAGCACAAAUGAUGCUACACACAGGCGAGUUAGAAAAGAACAGCUGCUCUAUGCGGUUGGUGAGAGAGAGAGAAAUAGAGAGUAGAGUAGAGAACAUUGUGCUGUACUGUUGUCAUAUAACGGGGUGGUUAAUCGUAUAUUAGAGUAUUAUAGCUUAUAUUGAGCUACAUACAAACAAACACUAACACAACUACACCAUUAGUUAGAUUGGUAGCGUUGUCAGUUGUGUAGUUGUAUAUUGUACAGAGUGCAAUGUUUGUUGGCUGGCUGGCUGGCUGGCUGGCUGGCUGGAUGGCUUUCAAGGUAUCAAUGUAUCUGUAGGAUUUGAGUGGUGGAAUGAGAGAGAUUUGUGUGUUAUGUCGUUAGGUCGAAUUGGUCGAGUCGGGUCGGGUCGUGUACCUUUUGCCACGAAUGUUUUGCCAGUCAGGCUCUAAGAGGCCUUACGAAAACAGCUGAGAUUUUCGCUGCUCGCAUGACGACGCGCAUUUCUUUAAAACUUUAAAACAUUACUUAUAUGUAUAUUUAAUUUUUUAUAAUUAGUUGCAAACGCUGAAAAUAGAGAAACAAAAAAUAAUAAUAAUAAUAAAUAAUUUUAAAAAAAUUACAUAUAAUUUUUUUCAAUUCUCGAAGAUCAAAAGGUUCAAUUCAAUGAAUACGUAAAUUCUAUCUAAAAUCGACACUACAAAGAGCUCAAGAGUUUAAACGAAAAUAAAGAAAAGAAUGAUCAAAUGGAAUUUUAAAAUAUUGAAAAAAAAAGGAGAAAAAGAAAAGAAAAAUAUAAUAAAUUUUCUCUGAAUAAUUUUUCGGGUUUCGUAUCAAAUUUGAAAGGAAAAAACAAGACCGUUGUCCCUUAGAGGCUGCGGCAUCUAAUACGAAAAAGUGCAUCAUUCUACUUAUAAUUGUGCCGAAACAACGACGGCCGCCAAAAUGAUAACGCACAACUCUUUAAGCGUGUACGGUGGCGGCGUUAUGUGUGCUUCGCCCUCGACAGCACCGGGUUUUUUCAAUCCUCGCCCGCAAUCGGGUGCGGAAUUGUCCGCUUUUGAGCUGGGCUUGCCGCGCUCUAUGGCUUUGGGUGUGCCACCGCCCACCGCUUGGCAUGAUCCUAAUUUGGGCGGACAUUUACAUGCCUCAGCUGGGCCUGGAUCUUUAACGAGCACGCAGAAUACAAAUAACGGAUCUGUGGGGACAGGUGGCGGCACAACGCCGUCUAGCGUAACCAGCCAUCAAUCGGUGGGCAUUAAGCAAGAUCUUUCCGGCCUUACGGCUUCCAAUAAUCAACAAACGAACCUGCAACAAAACGCUCAACAUCAUACGAUCAAAGAGGAUCUCUCAAGUAUGUCAAAUGCGAAUGCCGGCGGUCAUCAUACGUCAACAUCGGGUGCCCAUCAAAGUUCACACGGUCAGGAUUUAGGUGGUAUGCUAAAAAACACACAAACGAAUUGUCUGGUAGGAAGUAGUAAUGCGGGCGGUAGCGGUUCGGGUGCGGGGACAAGUGGUGCGGGUGGCGGCGGUGGAGGCGGUGGUGGUAGUUCGACGCCCAGCUCACAAGCGAACAGUUCCCAUUCACAAAGUAGUAAUAGUGGCUCACAAAUCGAUCCCAAACAGAAUAUCGAAUGUGUCGUGUGCGGUGAUAAGAGUUCCGGCAAGCAUUACGGGCAAUUUACCUGCGAAGGCUGCAAAUCAUUUUUCAAACGUUCGGUACGCCGUAAUUUAACAUAUUCGUGUCGGGGGAGCAGAAAUUGCCCGAUAGAUCAGCAUCAUCGCAACCAAUGCCAAUAUUGCCGUCUACGAAAGUGCCUCAAAAUGGGUAUGCGACGUGAAGCUGUUCAGCGUGGUCGCGUGCCGCCCACACAACCCGGCCUAGCGGGUAUGCAUGGCCAAUAUCAAUUAGCCAAUGGUGAUCCUAUGGGUGUGGCCGGCUUCAAUGGUCAUUCUUACCUGAGUUCCUAUAUUUCGUUGCUGUUGCGUGCCGAGCCAUAUCCCACCUCCCGUUACGGUCAGUGCAUGCAACCAAAUAAUAUUAUGGGCAUUGACAAUAUCUGCGAAUUGGCGGCUCGUUUAUUGUUCUCCGCCGUUGAAUGGGCCAAAAAUAUACCUUUCUUUCCCGAACUGCAAGUAACAGAUCAAGUAGCCCUGUUAAGGCUAGUUUGGUCCGAGUUGUUCGUUUUAAAUGCCAGCCAAUGUUCAAUGCCGCUGCAUGUGGCGCCUUUGCUAGCAGCAGCCGGUCUGCAUGCUUCACCUAUGGCGGCAGAUCGGGUAGUGGCCUUCAUGGAUCACAUACGUAUCUUUCAAGAGCAAGUGGAGAAACUGAAAGCUUUGCAUGUCGAUUCGGCCGAGUAUUCGUGUUUGAAAGCUAUAGUGCUAUUCACUACCGGUAAGUUGCUGGAUAUCCUUUUUAAGGACGUGCCAGCACUACUAACAAAAAUCUCUCUAAAAGUAUCUACUCUAAGCAGCGACGAUAUUAUGUUGUUGGUUAAGGAACAUUUAGAUGAAUUUAAUCGUUUGGAAGCAGAGCAGCAACAGCAACAAUUUUCUGCUGCUGCUUUGCAUUUGGCCACCUUUAUGAAAACUGUGGCUGGCGUAGAGACGGUAGCACAAAUUUGUUCUGGUCACAGCAACAGCAGAAAAGAUCACUUUAAUUCUUCUAGUGCUGUUAGCACAAUUUCUACGGGUACCUCCGCCGCCUCGUCUUCGCGAACUUCUGCUAAUACCAGCACAGCCGGUGGUAUCGUGCAUUCAGCUACGAGUGCUUUUAGUACUUGUGCUCCUUCACAUACGAAAAAUGUAAAUCAAGAUGACUUACUUACCGCUUUAUACAACAGUGCAAAUAAUAGUGCAAAUAAUAAUCUAACCAAUAAUAGUAGUGGCUUAGGUAAUUCCGUGAAUUCUCAAACACUUAACGGUAGUAAUUCUCCUCUUCAAUCUAGUAAUCAUGCGGUUACUUCAAUGUCAUGUAACACACCCACUGUUAUGGCUAAUCCGUCAUAUCCGUCGCCGUCUUCCUCUUCCGCCCAACACAGUCAGCAGCAGCAGCAGCAGCAGCAACAGCAACAGCAACAACAACAAGCCGCUGCGGCUGCUGCUGCUAUGUUCUAUCAAACUCCACCACGCGCUGCCUUCGGUACGGCGUUUGACAUGUUCCAUCAUAGCACUCCUUUCGGGGUGAGUCAUGCAGCAGCCGCUGCGGCGGCUGCAGCUCACUCUGGCAGUGGUGCUUCAUUCGGUAGCCCCAGUUACCGCUAUUCGCCUUAUAGUUUCGGCAAUAGAUGGCAAUUAUAAUUUCUAUCUAUCCCCCGUCUUUCUCUCUCUCUCUCUCUCUCUUACUCUUUCUUUCUUUUCCCCUUUUG